AUGUGGACUUAUUUUAAUAUUUCAGGGUCCACAAAAACGAAGUUUGGUGCAAUAAUGGGAAUUCCUUUUAACUAUACUAUUGGUAAUGUUGAAGAUAUUAAAAAAUCUGGCGUUUGUUAUCGUGGUAAAGAAGUUAAUUGGAAUACUGAAUCCGGCAAAUUGUUAGGGGAUGCUCUGGUAUUAACAAAUGAUGAACAAGUAUUUGGAAUUUGCAAAACGCUUCUACAACUUCAAACUAACCACGUUUUAAUGAACUCGUUGUUUCCAUCAGUUUCGUUUAUAAUGGUAUAUUCUGUUGGUCACUACUUGAAUCAAAGUUUAAAUCUUUUGCGGAGACCACAAUUCUUGAGGAUGUCCAUGUACUUCAUUCUUACUCUUUUCGGAAUUGGAUCUUGGAGCUUUAUGAAAGAUUAUAACCAAGUGUGUUGCGAUACCGAAAUAGAUAAAAAACUUUCAUCCAUUUCUCCCAAAUUCAUCAAAGCUGGACUUUGCUUCUAUGAAAAACAGUUAUCAAAAAAUAUCGCUUUGAAACAGAUUGGUAACGAUAAUACUUUUACAUCAAAAGGAAAUAUCAACUACUUUUUGCGACAAAAAACGUUGCCUUUAACUGUACGAAAAACUUUUUUCGAAAUUAAGUAUAAAGAAUAUUUAAAAACUUUAAAAUAAAAACAUCAAAUUUAAAAGUA